UAAAUACAGUAAGUCCGCAGUUUUGAUUCACUGUUUUUUUUGUGAUGAAAACUUAUUAAAAUAUGAUAGAUACUUAUGUACAUCAAUAUGGAGUUCAUUUACAUUCUCUGGUAUGUACACGUGGAGGAAUAGAAUUUUUAAUAUUAUCACUUAUCAAUAAAUAUAUGUCGCGCACUGCUCUAUAUGUAAGUAUGUAUGUAAAUAUUCGUAUGACCUUGCAAAAUAAGUUAUGCAUACAAAUAUAUUAGCGAAUAAAUGUAAGUAUGUCACAAUUGACAAAUCCUAAAUUUGUAGUAAAUCACACAACAUUUUCAUUCAUGAACGCUGGCGCACAUGCAAUAAGCUAAGUCGUUUCAUUCAUAAAAGUAGACACCAUCUCCCUCUACGAACAUGCGUUUACAUCAAGCGCCUUUUCGCGACGAUUCUUCUAAGUUCUCAGAUUUAACAAUAUGGGAUUGAACUUUUGUUUGUUUAUAUAUUUGUUUAGAAGAAGAUAAAUAUAAUCUUGUUUAAUUUAAAAACAACAUUAUUUCUCUUUUAAUAUAUUGGUACUCUCCGCUCCCAUUUCUCAAAAUAUACAUUUGUACAUAUAUAUGCAUAAACGUUUUCGAUUGAAGUUAGAAGAGCAUCUCCUCCACUUUGUUCAGAACAGUUUCUUAUUUCUCUCCCCAAUUACUGCACACAAUCGUCAGCUGUCUGCCUUUUUUACAGCGGAUAGCACGUAGUCAUUUCGAGAAAGGUCAAGAAAUCUGUUCUCGAAAAUUCUCUUUCCGACCAAUUUCAUAUAAAUAGCGGCCGAAAAUUUCUCCUCCGCAUAGUUUGAAUUGAAAAGUCAAAGCGAGUAAACAUAACAAACUUAGCUAAAGUCAUUUAGCAAAACAAAAGAGAUUAAAACAACUUUUUACCAAGUGCAUAAGAAACAAUUUCAGAAUAUUAUUGAAUAUUGAAAGUUAAAUUCAGUUUAAUUGAAAAUAUUUAUUAAAAAAGUACAAAGCCAUAAAAAUGGUUGCAAUUGGAAUAGAUUUGGGAACAACAUACUCGUGUGUAGGAGUAUUCCAACACGGAAAAGUGGAAAUCAUAGCGAACGAUCAAGGUAAUCGCACAACACCCAGCUAUGUGGCGUUCGCAGACUCGGAGCGACUUAUUGGUGACGCUGCGAAGAAUCAAGUUGCCAUGAACCCAAAGAACACAGUGUUUGAUGCCAAGCGAUUAAUUGGACGAAAGUAUGAUGAUACUAAAAUCCAGGAGGACAUAAAGCAUUGGCCUUUUACAGUGGUUAACGAUUGUGGAAAGCCCAAGUUAAGUGUUGAAUUCAAAGGAGAACAGAAAAAGUUUGCUCCCGAAGAAAUAAGUUCGAUGGUGCUAACAAAAAUGAAAGAAACUGCUGAGGCGUAUUUGGGUACAUCUGUAAGAGAUGCCGUUAUCACAGUGCCGGCUUACUUCAACGACUCGCAGCGUCAAGCCACCAAGGAUGCUGGUGCCAUUGCAGGGUUGAAUGUUCUCCGAAUUAUUAAUGAACCAACAGCAGCGGCGUUAGCUUAUGGUCUGGAUAAAAACCUUAAAGGCGAACGUAAUGUGCUCAUAUUUGAUUUGGGCGGUGGUACUUUCGAUGUUUCCAUUUUAACUAUUGACGAAGGAUCGCUAUUUGAAGUGCGUGCGACGGCUGGCGAUACUCACUUGGGUGGAGAAGACUUCGACAAUCGAUUGGUAAACCACUUUGCAGAAGAGUUUAAACGAAAAUAUAAAAAGGAUUUGCGAUCGAACCCUCGAGCGUUGCGACGAUUAAGGACCGCGGCUGAACGUGCGAAACGUACACUGUCGUCCAGCACAGAAGCCUCUAUCGAGAUUGAUGCUCUAUACGAAGGAGUAGAUUUCUACACAAAAAUAAGCCGAGCACGGUUUGAGGAAAUGUGUGGUGAUUUGUUCCGCAGUACACUAGAUCCAGUAGAAAAGGCUUUGAACGAUGCCAAAAUGGACAAAAGCCAAAUCCACGAUAUUGUCCUUGUUGGUGGUUCAACUCGUAUUCCUAAAGUGCAAAGCUUGCUACAAACAUUCUUCGGUGGAAAGAGUUUAAAUCUUUCUAUCAAUCCAGACGAGGCGGUAGCAUAUGGUGCAGCAAUUCAAGCAGCCAUUCUGAGGUGUGAUAAGAGCAGUGCAAUUCAAGAUGUCCUCUUGGUUGACGUGGCACCAUUAUCACUUGGAAUUGAGACCGCUGGUGGAGUGAUGACCAAAUUGAUU